CAGUGCGCCCUGCCUGCCAGUCGGAGGAUGGGGAUUUUUUCCCCCCAUUCAACCACGUCCCCUUUUUCCCUCCUCCUCCUUUCAAACAAGCCAGUCGGUCUGUCAAUGUGAUGCGAGCAUUAGGCCAAGUCACACAGUGGGAUUCUGAGGCAGAGAGACGGAUGAGAUAACGAAUGUAGCGUUUUCCUCUGGCCGAGAAGCGAAUCCAAAUGAUGCGCUACAUCAGACAGGCGUCAAUUUCCAACCGGGACUGAUGCUCACAACUCUCAUCUUAUCCUCUUUUUUUUUUAAAUCACUUUACAAGUUUCGCGUUGGUCUUUUUGCGCCAUUCUGAGAGCGGAGAUGCUUUUCUAGCUCUUUGGGUUGUUUCUCUCAGUUUUCUUGUUGAUUGUUCGACUCAUCGAUUUGGAUUCCGUUUUAAUUUCCCGACGAAUCUGUUACUGAAGGAUUUACAACCCGUGCUGAACCUGUGUGUUGUACAGAGAGGAGAAUACGGAUUGCAAUGCGCAUGGACUAAAGCCCACCGAGCAUCAACAUGUCUUUAUGAGGAUGGAGCCGUGGACACGAGUGGCAUCUUUCCCGUUUUAAACGCUUUACCCUGACAGUUUUUGGUACGUGAUCGGCUGUUUUCCUUCUAACAGACUGACAACAUUUCUUUUUAGUCCAUCCUGACAUGUUGGAAGGCAGAUCUUCUUUCGAGAAAAUAAGGUAAUGGGAGAGAAAUCACACAGAGUCGGCACAGAGAACAAGGGAACAUUGUUCGGAAAAAGACAAUUAGGGCGCACCGAAAGGCAACAGAAAUAGCUCUUGGGUGGCGAUACAUUUCAGAAAAAUCGAUUCAGUGGAGUUAUAUUUGAGCAGAGGAGCACUGCUUUGGAAACAAGGAGGACUAAUGACAAAUUAAUGGGAAAGUCAUGGGAUUGGCACUGAAAUAGUAACGGCCGUGGACGCGCAGAAAACCCGUAGUUUUUUGGAGAUCCAGACGCACGGAUUGAACAAGUCUCUCCUGCACGUUUCAGAGUCUACUUUUGGCUUGAUUCUGUUCAUUUUUUAAGAAUUGUGGAUCCAUGAGGUACACAGCGGGCUUUCACUCCACACUUUGACUGCCUCUACCUAUAGCCUGCUCGGCUGUAGUCUCACAUCCAUUGUUUUGAGAAGCUCCUCGCCACAGCAUUGAAAGUAUUGGCCAUUUCUUUUCUUUUUCUUUUUUAAAUGUGGCUGCAUAUGCUGGGAGUCAGGGUUGAAAUGGCGUGUCGAGGAAGUGGGAUUGGAUUGUGGAUCCUGCUGAUAUUCUUACUGGAUUUACUGGGGACGGCGGCCAGCAAUAUGGAGCCUAUCUACUGGAAUUCUCUGAACGAAAGGUUCAGGGACGAUAAGGGCUACGUUCUGUACCCUCAGAUCGGGGACCGGCUGGACCUCAUCUGCCCCCCUCUGGACACCGCCAGGUCCACGCCAGAGUACGAGUAUUACAAGCUCUACCUGGUGUCGUUGCGGGAACAGGCGGACCGAUGCGAGGUGACCGGCCCCCCCAACAUCGUGCUGACCUGCGACGAGCCCACCCGCGAACGCCGCUUCACUAUUAAGUUCCAGGAGUUUUCGCCCAACCUCUGGGGCCACGAGUUCAAGAGCAUGCACGACUACUACAUCAUCGCUACGUCAGAUGGGACACGUCAAGGCCUGGAUAGCAUGAGAGGCGGAGUGUGUGCCACGCAAGGCAUGAAGGUGGUCCUGAAAGUGGGGCAGAGCCCAUAUGGGCUGCCUCCAAAGAAGGAUCCGCCAGCGGUACGCACCACCAGCAGAAACCCAGGGGGAGCAGGGAACUCCACCCAAUCUCGAGGACCCAACAAUUUUGGAAACGAGGGCGACGGGGAGAAUGGGCCCCUUCAACCGUCCAACAUCGCCCUCAUCGCCGGCGCCGCGGGAGGCUCUGCGUUCCUCCUCCUGGUAACGGCUGUGAUCUGCGUGGUGUGUUACAGGCGGCGGCACGCCAAGCACUCAGACACCCACCACCCUCCGCUGUCGCUGUCCUCGCUCACCAGCCCCAAGCGCGGAGGGGGCGGGGGCCUCAGCAGCUCCAACAACAACGGUUCUGAGCCCAGCGACAUCAUCAUCCCUCUGCGGACGUCAGACUCAGCCUACUGCCCGCACUACGAGAAGGUGAGCGGAGACUACGGACACCCCGUCUACAUCGUCCAAGAGAUGCCCCCUCAGAGCCCGGCCAACAUCUACUACAAAGUAUGAGACAGCCACUGCUACGGCCGACUGGACACAUCCACCUCCCUCUCCCCGUUAACAACCGAUCCCCUGCUCCAAAUGAAGCCACAGCAAAGCUCUCCAUCACAGCUCCGACCCUGAACCCCUCAAUACUACCAGUAUUGUCCUAUGGACCCCCCACUCACUGUCCCGUGAGCCUGGCCACAGUUGUGUUUCUAGCUGAAUACACCACCCCACCCCAUUCUCACACAACUGGGCCACCAAGUGUGUGUUAAGGGCAAAGUCCAAUCGGUGCAUAGCCCUUCUUAACGAGGCCCUCACCAAUGGGCAAGAGCUUCUGAGUGCCCCCUUCUUGUUAACUCAGAGCUAAAUGAGACCCACCCGCGCUGAAUAGAAGAGUCGUCCCCAUAACGCCAGUGUGUGUGUAUGUGUGUGUGUGGAAACACACUUUAUUUCUAGGAGUAUGGACCUGGCAUUGGGACUUGAGAGGUUUUACAAAAGAAAAAAAGAAAAAGAAAAGGACUACAACUAAAAAAGAAAAACUACAUCCUUGAUCCCACUUAGCGCCGGAGAACUCUGAUUCCCAGAGGCCAUACCUGCCUAGCCCACCGCCCCCCCCUUCAGUGCUCAAACAGCCAACCAGAGACCGGCCCCUGCCACUAACUCACCAAUAGGAUUCUAGUUUGUUUGUGUUUGUUUCUCCUGAGAAAAUAAGGGCCUCAGACUCACCCAAACAGCAAGCCCGGCCGGCGGUCAAUGCGACCAGGCCCAGGCCUGAGGAGGAGGCCUGACCAAUCCUGACACUCAGAAUCUUGUAUAUUUUAAUAAUGUGUGUGUGUGUGUGUGUGUGUGUGUGUGUGUGUGUGUGUGUGUGUGUGUUGUGCGCGCACGCAUACAACUUGGAUAAUAAUUAUGGCGCUGCUGCUCCACAAUAGACGCGUGUGCGUGCAGUUAGUGUGCUUCAGUACAGCAAGUUUGCAUCUGAGUUUGCAUAUGCGCGUGUGUGUGUGUGUGUGUGCGUGUGUGUACGCUUUGUGUGUGAUUGCGUUCUUUAGACUUGUCUUAAAUACCAAAACACAAAAUAGUGAGCGAAUAUCAAAAAAGUGAGAUUUUUUAUCGCUAUCGACACUUAUAGAUUAUAUAUAUGAAUAUUCAGUAAAUAAUUUCUAGAUGUUUUUUUUCUAUUGUUUUAUUAUUUUUACCCACCCUGUUAAACUACACUUCUGUUGCUAGAUGUUUUUUAUCUGCUGUUUUUGUUUUUCACAACUUAGAACGACCUUGUUUCCUUCCUGUUCCCUUUGCGUUGUAUAUUAAUUUAAUCCCUUUUUUAAUUUUCCUGGCGAACAGAGGUUGUGUCUCUCUUCCUCUCUUCCCUCUCUCAUUCACUCCCUCCCUCCCUCCCUCCCUUUUUCUCCUCCCGCUCCACUAGGGUCUCUGAACUCUGUGUAUAUUUUUAUAGCUCCUUGUACUAUGCUGUAGUUUUGAAGUUUAGACCUCGUUUGUGGAAGUGUUGAGGUAGAACCAUCUAUGAAAGUAUUUUUUUUUUUCAAACGCUUUUUUUGAAACGCAGAAGUGAAAAGAAGUGAGGGGUGGGGGGGUGGUGGUGAUGGUGAUGGGAAGAAGGAGGGGGGGGUUGAGGGGAUGAAAUGAAAAGAAGAAUAAAGGAAAAAGAACAGGGCGAGAGAGAGUGCUGUCUGGGGAGGAGGAAUAAAGCGGCGUCUGAAUGCAGAAAAAAAGAGAAGGGGAGGGAGGCAAGGAAAGAAAAGACUGAAGGAAUAGCACACUAAAGAAAAAGAAGCUGAGGGGAGGAUGGGAGCGGCACAAGUGAGAGAUGAAGGAUCACAUGGAAGGAAGGAUGGAGAGGGCACAUGAGUGGCUGGCGAAGGAGAGAAACAUUUUCUUUCUACGGAGGGUCUAUCCUCCUCAACGGAGGCCAUGGAACCACAGCCAGAAACGCAUUUCGGACGAGUUGAACUUUGGAAAGGAGAGAUCUUAUCACACUCUCUCUCACACACACACACACACACACACACACACACACACACACACACACACACACACACAUCUACUGUGACUCGAACACACUUAAUGUUAAUGUGAGGCGGCACAUUUCAGAUUUGCUCCUCUUUUUCUGCCCAAAUUUGUUUUGAAACGCAUCUCCGCAUCACACACACAUUCUCGAUUGAAAAGAAGGCACACAUAGUACACUGAUAGCCGCGGGCACACACACACACACACACACACACAAGAGAAAGGCCCAACAGCAGUACUGUUUCUCUCUGUUCGACACACACACACACACACACACACAAACACACACACAAACACCUCUCCCACGCAACCUAACAGAUUUCACACCUUUUAAUGACUGUCACAAAUGCCUACUGAUUGCAUUGAAUGACAUACAUGCUCUCGUUCUCGCUUGCUCUCUCUCUCUCUCUUAAACACACACACUUUCACCCACACUCGACAGAAAUGCUGAUUGCUUUCAUAUGACUCUAUUUCUAUGAUUAAGACUAACCCAAUGGACAUGGGAGGGAUAAAAAGAGAGUUUGUUUGCGGUGUUUUUUAUUUUCUCUCUUUCACACGCCCACAAACACACACGCACACAAAUACACGACAAACACGCCAGUGCCCAGCACCUCAACCUCAAGGGCAAUAACACAACACUGUGUUCAGAGGUGCAAUAUGUUCACAUGUGCAUACAAAAAAAAGCAGUUUUGUGUUGCU